UUCGCCUGGACGCGCUGAGGAGCCCCGCCCCUCCGGAUGACGUCAGCGGUCACAUGACGGCGACGCGGAAGCGAGUGCAGGGAAGAUGAGCGUGUCGCUGGAUAUCAGGCUGAAGCGGGCGAAUAAAGUGUAUCAUGAGGGGGAGCGAGUGAGCGGAGUGCUGCUGGUCAACAGCAGAGACGCGCUGCAGCAUCAGGGGGUUUCUCUCGGUCUGGAGGGACUGGUGAACCUGCAGCUCAGCUCCAAGAGCGUCGGAGUCUUCGAGGCCUUCUACAACUCCGUCAAGCCCAUCCAGCUGGUGUCCAGUAACAUGGAGGUGGUGAAGCCGGGAAAGAUCCCCGCUGGAAGAACCGAGAUCCCCUUUGAGUUUCCGCUGCAGGCCAAAGGCAACAAAGUCCUUUACGAGACGUACCACGGUGUGUUCGUCAACAUACAGUACACACUCCGCUGCGACAUGAGACGCCCGCUGCUCGCCAAAGACCUCAGCAAGACCUGCGAGUUCAUGGUGCACUGCCAGCCACAGAAGUCGAAGCUGCAGCCGAACCCUGUGGAGUUCAGCAUCACUCCGGAGACGCUGCAGAACGUGAGAGAGAGGAGCUCCUUACCCCGCUUCCUCAUCAGGGGACAUCUGGACGCCACCAGCUGCGCCAUCACACGACCCCUGACCGGAGAACUGCUGCUGGAGAGUUCAGAGGUCGCCAUCAAGAGCAUUGAGCUGCAGCUGGUGCGGGUGGAGACCUGCGGCUGCGCGGAGGGAUACGCCCGAGACGCCACUGAGAUCCAGAACAUCCAGAUCGCUGAAGGAGACGUGUGCCGCGGCCUCUCCAUCCCCAUCUACAUGGUGUUCCCUCGCCUCUUCACCUGCCCCACUCUAGAAACCACCAACUUUAAAGUCGAAUUUGAGGUGAAUAUAGUGAUCGUUCUUCAAGACGAUCAUCUGAUAACGGAAAACUUCCCGCUGAAGCUGGUCAGAGUUUGAGAAUCUGAAGCUUCGUUGAAGGAAUUAUUCCAGCUUUCUUGAUAUGAAUGAGAAGUUGCCAUUUUCACAUUAAUUUACAUUCUUAGAUUCUUUUGACCAUGAGUGAAUAUUUACAUGCGUUUCUGUCAUAUUAAAGUGUUUAUUAAAAUCCUCUGCUCACCUGUGAGAUAAUGAUUCAAUGUGAUUUAAAGUUUGAUUUGUCUCAUGUGUUUUACUUGUAGGCGUCAUGUAAUGCAGGGAUUCCCAAACUGUUUUUGUCAGCU